UUGUGAAACUUUUGCCUGCUGACCGCAGAGCUCUUGGGCGCAAGUUCAGACGGAAAAGGUUCCGUGCCUUGACCGCCGUUGAUGGCGGUGUCUUCAUUCGUGGUGAUCCCUGGAGCCGAGGAGACGCCUCGAUGAGAGCUCCGGGAUCUUACUAUCCACCUGGUCGAACAAACCACGAUGGUGGUGCUGGUCCGCAGCUCCAUGGUCCUGGUGGAGCCCCUCAACAAGGCAUCAAUGUGGCGCCGAUGGCAGCACCAGUUGGCUCAGGACAAUAUGGAUGUACUGGAUGCCCUCAGGUGACUGCCUCUUCAGUUCUCCAUAACUUGGACAAUUCAGCGUUGCCACAACCUGCACCACAUGUACAAAGUGCUUUUGAGAUGCUGGGUAAAACGCCUGUUGCUGGACUGACCCAUGAAAGAGUUGACAAGGAUGAUGUUAUGAUGAAAGCGCUGUUAGCAGCGAUCAGCGGCGACAAAAAGAUGUUGCCUCCUUGGAAUGGAAGUGUGGAAACCCUUCGUGCAUGGCUACGGCAACUCUCUCUAUGGGAACUAGACAACAAUUUGCCGAAGUCACGUUGGGGUCUGAAGCUGAUGCAGUCCUUUCAUGAAGGAACGGCACCUCGCCGAAUAGCUGAAGCAAUAGAUUUAGCAACGUUGACUUCGGAGUCUGGCUACAGUGCUAUAUUGUCCUCGUUGAUGGCGAAGUAUGCGCCAUACCUGGAAGCCUCUGGACCAGCAGCUGUGGAGAAUUUUUUCUAUGGCAAUGAAAGAUCCAAGAAUGAAAGCUUCUCCACAUACAUAGCAGCCAAAGAAAUCGCUCUGCAGGAGAUGGAAAGCCAAUUGGGUGAAAAACUUUCCCCAAAAAUUGCUGGUCGAAUUCUUUUGCGUCAUGCUGGCCUGAACGACCUUCAAAGGGAAAACCUUGCGGUGAGAUACAAUGCCCUGCUCACCUUCGAUCAGGCAGCUGCAGCACUACGUCCUCUAGAUCGUCCUGAAGCUCUGAUGUCAAGGGUUGCAAAGACCUAUGUGACAAGCACUCAGGUCGACGGUGAGUUGGAAGAUGAGCAGACCAAUGAGGAUGACGAUGAGCUGCAGCCCGACGAAGAUGAGUUGUCGGGCCCCGAAAGUGAUGGUCGUGGCAAUUUCACCUACAUGCUGUUCGACCCUGAACAGGAAUAUGAUGAAGAUGAGGCAAACUAUGUCUGGGCCUACAACUCUGCUUACAAGGACGUUCGCAAAGAGCUCCAGGAAUGCCCCAAGCGUGCUCAGGAAUCAGCAGCCAAUUUUUUUGUGUGUCAGGGAAGCUCUGGAAACCAGAACAAGGUCUAUGUGAACAUCUCCGAAGCCAAGGAGAAAAAGUUUUCAGUUUUUGCUGGAGUUCAAACUUCCGGCAAUGAAGCAGUUGUCGACACAGCGGCUGAGGAAGCAGUGAUUGGUUCAGCUGCAAUGGCAAAACUCAGACAAUGCUUGGAAAGCUACGGUUUGAAGCCCGCACCAGCGCAUGGGGCAACAGUGACCUGUGCUGGGAUUGGCGGCAGUGCAAAGAUUCUUGGAAUUUAUGAUGUACCAGUUGGAGUGGCUCGUACCAAUGGGCUGAUCCGUGUGACUGAAAUCAGCGACGAAGGAUCUUUUUGCACCCCGUUUCUCUUGCCCAUCUCUUACAUUGAGUUGGUAGGUGCGACAGUUGAUGUGAGCAAGGAACUGUUUACUUUGAAGAAUGGCAAUAGUACGCCUAUGAGGCGAUCUCCAUCAGGGCACCGCGCCAUUUCAGUGCUUGAGUUUGCAGGCAAGUGGACGUUGCCACAGCAGCUGUUGAAUGAGUUGAAAAUUGAAGGUGAGAACCCUUUUCAAGCUGCAUCACCCAAGCCUUCUCCUGCGAAGAGCUCAACUUCAACGAAGUUUGCACAAAGACCUGGAGUUGCUGUUUGGUUGAAAACGGCUCAGCAUCAGUUGCAAUACAUGGGCAAGCAUGCGGCAGCCAGCAAUGCAGCCUACACCAAUGCAGUUCUUUGCAACAGCCUGCAUUGGAUCGUGCUACAACAGAAAGCCGACCGUCCGCAAACACCCAGGGAACUCAAGAUCCCGUUGCGCCCCAAUCUCGACCUGGUGAGUUUUGGACGGGCGAUGCAGAAGCGUGUGACGCAAUGGCUGCUGGCUCAGAACGAAGACAUGCCAGACCCGGUGCCGAAGAAGAAGUCACCACCGGAAAAACUCAUGCAGGCCUGGCGUCGCAUGGUGUUGGCAACCAUCAGGUUGUACCUGGAGGUGAUGUUACAGUCGGUGACCGACUACCUGACAAGCAGAAACAGGGGAACCAUGGCAAAGCUCCCGAAGGCCAAGAAGGACAAGUCCCUGGUCCCAGCGGAGUCGAAGAAGACCGCCAAAGUCAGGCGUGGCAUAGGGCAGCCUCUGCCUCGCUCCAAAGCAUGCAAAAGCUGGCCCAAAGAGCCCUUGGACUGUGCUCACGAAGAAAGCCAAUUGAGGCAGCGGGGGUCAAAGGACAGUUUUUGGUGGACGUGCCUGCAAUGUGGAAGCCGAUGGCAGCGCGUGGAGUGGGAACCCGACAUGGAGCUCAACGCUGGUGCGGCCUCUUCAGGGGAAUACCGCGGUUCAGCGGGAACAGAGAAGAUCCAGACGUCUUCCAAGGUGGCAUACCCAAGCAGACUGCCACCGCCGAGAUCAAGGCCCAACCUGACAACCUUGGUCGUCGAGGAGGAGACAGUGGUCCGCACAGAUCCCCUGAUGGCACACGAAGGGAGGAUGACACCAGCACCCAUGCAGUCAGAAGUACAACUCCCAAUGCCGCUGGAGCACCCACAGAACCGCCACCGCCAAGCAGCCAUGGGGAUUCCACCAACAACCAGUCUGGUGACCGACAUGGCGGCUCAGGCACUGAUGGAUGGGAUGGAUUUCGACCCAACCGAUCAGACAGCCGAUCAGCAGUUGGAGAAGUUGAUGGCCGAGCACAAGAAGGAGCGCCGCAAGCAGAUGCAGAUGGCCAGUGGAGUUCGACCUGCCCAACCAAGGUCAAAGUCUCGAGGACCAGCAUCAUCGGAGCUGGAAAUCCAGGAGAUCCACACGUCGGACGACGAGACGACUCCACGCAAAGCCAUCCAAGACUUUCAGAUGGCCACGAAGUUGGCAAUGUUUGCAACGGUCCUGGUUUGCUCUCAGUUGCCCGAUGCAGAGCAACGGAUCUCUACGUUGCUUGGUCCUCGGAUGGAGUUUGAGGACAGCUACAGCACUGAGGGUGACCUGGGCAUCAAAGAAAUGACUUUUUCCUUGAAUGCCAGCACGUCUGAGCUGGCCCGCACUGAUUUUGAUGGUGUGCCCAAAACCAUCGACAAGCAGCAACGACAACACGUUUCUUUUGCACUACGAAACUAUCUCGACCACAUUGGCGAGAUCUACAGCCCUCCAAGAGCCACUGCAAUGUCUCCAGGUGAAGGACUCCGUGGGAAGAUAGCGCUGGACCUGACCAACGGCUGGGACUUCUGCAAGUCAGAGCAUCGCCAAAAGGCUGUGAAGCUGGUGAAGACGCACAAACCUGCAGUGCUGUUACUUUCACCUCCAUGUGGACCAUUCUCAUCCCUACGGAACUUGUCAAACAGCAAGCGUGACAGUGAACAAGUUCGACGUGAAGUCAUCGAGGGUGAGCUCCACAUGAACUUCGCCAUCAGCUUGGCCAUGCUACAGAUCUCCGAAGGCCGUGGGUUCAUCCUGGAACAGCCCAAGAAUGCCAAGUCUUGGAAACUCCCCAAGAUGCUGGAGUUGCUGGAUCAUCCAGACGUUUACCAGAUCCGCGUGGACAUGUGCCAGUUUGGCCUACGUGCUCAAGCAGGUCCCUGCAAAGGGGAGCUGGUCCAAAAGCCCACACUCCUGGCCACCAACAUUGCAGAGAUGGCUCACUACGUUCAGAAGACUUGCAACAAGUCGCAUCAACAUGGAAUGCUGGUUGGCGGCUCAGCUAAGAUGGCCGCGAUCUACACGCCCCACUUUGUCAAGGCAUUGCUGCAUGGUAUCAAAAAUGCCCUUGGAAUCAAAGCAGCAAAGCCUCAGAAUCCACAACUUCACCAAGCCUUCCUGUAUGGCAAGUCGAUUGGCAUCCAAGCCCAAAUUUUUGCAGUGGAUUGCCAAGAGGCCAACAUGGACUUUGCAAUGGCCUCCAAUUCACAUCCGCAAUCAUUGGACUUUCAGGCCGAUGGACUUAGGCAGGUGGUUGGAUUUGGACUUGAGCCACCUGCCCGGCCAAAUGCAGAAGCCAGUGGACUUCAUCCAUCCAAUGGACUUUCACGGAUGGUCUGGCCUGCAGCAGCGGAUGAUGAAGACUUGCCUGAGGCAGUUGUGCCAGAGGCAGUGGAUGACGAGGUGUUGGAAGAAACUCGCCGUCAGCUUCGCAAUGUUGGCGAGCAACCUGGAGUUUCCAAAGCCCUUGCAAAGAUGGAGGACUUCAAAAAGGUGGAUGAGGGAGAGUUCUCGCUUCCUCCAAACUUGAGGCGAGAAGUUCAUCGAGUGCAUCGGAAUCUUGGUCACCCUGGAUUGGACAUCUUCGUCCGUGCUUUGCAGAAUGCUGGAGUUCAGGAACAUAUCAUCCAGUGGACCAAGAGACACUUCAGAUGCCCGACCUGCAAUGCACUUCCUCGACCAAAACCAGCACGACCUGGACACUUGAUGCGAGCAUUGGAGUUCAACACUGUGGUUGGCAUUGACCUGUGCUUCUUGGACUUACAGCACAAACAGGUCAUCCUGCUCAACAUGCUGUGUUGGGGCACCAAUUUCCAACAAGCAUGCAUCUGCCAGAGCAAGAAUGCAGAUGAAGUGGUUGAACGUUUCAUGAGCGAAUGGGUGAAGCAUUAUGGACCUCCCGUUCUUUUGGUCAUGGACAGAGGCAAGGAGUUUGACAACGACAAGCUCAAGGAGCUUGUGGGUGGUCUUGGCGUUGGACUCCACUACACAGACGCCCAAUCACCUUGGCAGAACUCAAGAACUGAGAAGGCUGGAGGUAUCUUGAAAGAGAAGAUCCUAGCGACAAUCCACGCCACAUCAGCCUCGAUGGAAGAGCUGCCAUAUGUCAUCUCUGAAGUGGUAGCAGGACGAAACCGCUACAUGGAUCGAUUUGGAUUUAGCCCCAUGCAGCGUGUCUUCGGCAAGAACCUGCGCCUCCCAGCCUCUCUCCUUGCCACCGACGCCCUGAACCGCGAGCUGGCGGAUGCGUCGGCCACAGACCCCAUUCACCGAUCAUGGGAGAUUCGAGAUGCAGCUGCCCGCGAAUGGAUCCGAAAGCAGGACCAAGGUGCUGUGCGACGCAGUCUGCGCGCUCAAACCCGCACCAGCGACCAACAGAAGAUUCCUGCUGGAUCAUGGGUCUACGUCUUCCGGGACACACCUUCCUACAAGGGUUGGAUUGGCCCUGGCGUCACUAUCGCCGAAGACUCCACUGGAAAAUCAUCCUGGGUGUCUAUGCGCGGCAGGCUAUGGAAGGCAUCUCGAGAACAACUUCGACUAGCCACACCUGAAGAAGAGCUUGGAGCCGAGCUCAUUGUUGAGCUUUCCAAAGAGAUGCUGGCGAAACUGAGCAAGCCAGGUCAUGUCGUCUAUCAAGAUGUCACUCAAGAAGGAGGACCCACAGACGACUAUUAUGAUGAAGUUCUCAGGACCUUGAAUGUCCGUGAAGAAGGAGCUCAACAAACUGAGACCCAAGAUGGCUCAUCUCAAUCAGGUGAUGCAACAACUUCAACCACGACGAGCACCACGGGAAGCUCUUCAGGUCAAGCUCACAUGGAGGUGGACACGGAAGUGGAUGGUUCAAAUGUGACGACGGCACCAAACUCUGAACUGCCUAGCAGACGUGCGAGCAUCGCAUCUGAGACUGGAGUGCCAACCGCACCAAUGGAAGUCAUUCCAGAAGUGAGUGAACCAGCAAGCCCUGUGAGCAUGCCCCCACAACCAAUGCUACCGGCAAGAACUUUUGGCCCGUCAGCUGUUGAACGACAACGUCAUUCAGCACCAUACCCAGCUGCACGGCCACGAGCACCUGCACAAGAACCGUUGUUGGAUCAGCCAGAGACACCAACGCUGAGACAAAGUUCUGUGACAGGUCCCACACCAACCUUGAGUCAGAGGUCAGUGACAGAAGCAGCCCCAAGGACACCAUUUCCAUUCAACCCGGGUGCGCCCUCUCUUCCAAGGCCACCGAAUCAAUCUCUCUAUGUGGAAGUGAUCAAUUUUGAAGAUGAUUCACACCUGUUUUCUGCAGUGCAGGCACCAGCCUUCAUCGGUGCCACAUGGAAGUUUUGCCGAGAACAGCAAAGGUCAACUUUGAGACCUUGCACUGAAGAUGAGGCCACGUUUUCAUGCCAGCAAGCAGAGGCAAGCUAUUGCAUCCGAGACAGCUGCAUGUACGUGACCAAGACAAAAUCAUCUUUUGGACAAGUUGAAUUUUCGAAGUUGCCUGAAGAAGAGAAGAGAAUGUUUCGGGCUUCACGCAAAAAGGAGCUCGACAGCUUGGUUUCCACUGGCGCUGUGCGAAUUCUGUCUGUGGAGGAAAGUCUCAGAUUUUUGCGAGACACACCAGAACAGGUGAUUGAUUCCAAGUAUGUGGACCGCUACAAGCCUAUUGCAGUUUCAAAAGGAAAGCUGGAGGAGUACAAGUCCAAAGCACUGACUCAGGGACACUUCAAAGCCAUCGAGCUGGAAGCAGAUGCCACCAAUCCAAAAUCACGGUUGUGCGCAGUGGGAUGGCAGGAUCCGCAGAUCCUCGAGGUGGAGCGUUCUUCCCCGACGCCAUUGUCAACGAGCUUGUAUGCGUGCUUGCAGUUGGCAUCAAGCAGACGAUGGGCUACACGGGUUAAGGAUGUGAAGACCGCUUUCCUGCAGGCCUUGCCGACCACCAGGUCAAAACCACUUGCCUGCCGGAUGCCACGUGAUGAAUGUCCAGAAGGACUUGAUCCACGACAGCUCCUGUUGCUGCUCACCGAGAUCUAUGGCCUGGUGACUGGACCCAGCUGGUGGAGAAGGACACUUCUCAAAACAGCGACUGAGAAGCUGAAGUAUGAGGUGAAUUGCUAUGACAGGUGCAUCCUCACACUUCCAGCUGAAGAAUCCAAACGUGGAUCCCCAGGUGCAUUGUCCGACGGCUUCAUCGUCAUUGAGGUUGACGACAUUGCGGAGGCGGGUGGACCGAGGCAUCUGGAGAAAAUGAAGCAGUUGGAAUCAAUGCUGACUUUUGGGAAAGUCGAGAACCUGCAGUCUGCUGAAGGAACAAACUAUGCAGGACGUCAUUUGCGCCAGCUGCCUGAUUUCAGCUUUGAGAUCACGAUGGAGGAGUUCAUCUAUACGCGACUGGAACCGAUUCUCAGCCACAAAAAGGUUCUCAAAAAGCAUGCAGCUGAGACGCAACUGAACGAAAGCGAGAAGACGCAGUUGAGAGGCUUGAUCGCUUCUUUGAACUGGGUGUCAAGGGAAGGAAGGCCUGAUGCUUCAUCCGCAGCAUCAAUCCUGGCUUCGUCGUUUCCAAACCCGACAAUGGAGCAUGUGCAUGCCGCGAAUGAGGUGGUGAAGCACCUGAAGACCUUUCCUGUGACCCUCCGGAUUCAUGCGAUUCCCGAAAGCCAACUGCGACUGGUCCUGAUAGCAGAUUCAGCAUUCGACACCAGUGGACGUGAGAAAUCUCAACAUGGAUGGUUGCUUGGAUUUACAAAUCCACUGCUGAACAGAGGAGAGCCUGCGCCCAUCUCUCUUAUUCAGUGGCGAUCCAAGCGGCUUCGGAGAAAGGCAUCAUCUUCAUUGCUGUGCGAGGCGAUUUCGAUGUCUGCAGCGACAGGUGCUCUGGAACGCUUGGACGCCUUCUUCCAAAGCACCCGCCUGUCAGACUACAGCCCGAGACGAAAGCAGCUUUCAGAAGAUCAAUACCUUGAGGCCGCUGGAAAGGCAACAGUCAUUGCAAAUGACUCCAACAUCUAUCGAGAUCCUCACAGUGUCUGCGUCAUGGAUGCGAAGAGUCUGUAUGAUGCUCUGAAUUCGGAGCAAAGCCAGGGCGAUGAUGAUAGGAGUGCAUUAGAAACCGCGAUCAUUCGCGAAUCCAUGUCAGUGUGCCGCAGCCGACCCCGAUGGAUCCCUCACAACAUGAACCCAGCUGAUUCAAUGACGAAAUUUGUGGGUGGGCAUCAUGAGCCCCUGUUGAAGUUGUUGAAGACUGGAAAAUUUAUGAUAGAGGAAGAAGAAGAGGUCCUGCUGCGUGGCAAACAGUCAGAGCAGAGACUGAAAACCA